GAAUUCCUGAUUCAAAGAGAUCUAGAGAGAGAAAGAGAUUUAUAGAGAGAGAAAGAGAGAGAUGGGAACCGUUACACCGGGCUCUAUUCCAGUACAUGAGGGAGAAGGUGGGAAGGAUAUUGCUCAACACACUCAUCCUCAAAGAGAACUUGAUGCCGGUGCUCUUUUUGUUCUCAAAUCCAAAGGAUCAUGGGUUCACUGUGGAUAUCACUUGACAACUUCAAUUGUGGCCCCAGCUCUCCUGAGUCUCCCAUAUGCUUUCACUUUUCUUGGAUGGGCGGCUGGGAUUUUCUGUUUGGUGAUCGGAGCUCUGGUGACAUUCUAUUCUUACAACUUGAUCUCUUUGGUUCUGGAACACCAUGCUCAACUGGGUCGCCGCCAUCUCCGGUUUAGAGACAUGGCGCACGACAUUUUAGGUAAGAUAUAA